AUGGUUUGUUAUAAGUGCAAGCAAAGUAUCUCUACUCCGACUGAGAUAGUCAAGUGUGUUCAAUGUUGCGCAGAUUUCCACCCCGCAUGUUGCCGAGUGCGUACUGUUGCUAAGUUGAGUGCUAUGAUUGCGAGUGGGACUGCGUGGCGAUGCGAAAUAUGUUCUAAGGACUCUGGCUCUGGAGGUUCCAAAUCUGAGCAAGAAGAGGUCUCUGUUAUGGAGCUACUGAGGAGCAUCCAGCACCAAAUGACCGUGAGUAACAAGGACAACUCAGCUAGCUUCACAGCUCUGCAACUUUCUAUGACUACGUUGCAGACUUCCUUGGACGGAGUUCGAGCUAAAUUAGUUGCCGUAGAAGAAGAGAAUGUUAAGAUAAAAGAAGAGUGUCAUAAGCUGAUGGGAGCCAAUGAGAAGUUAUCAAGACGAGUGUCGGAUCUGCAGUGGGAGGUCAUGGAGAUGGAGCAACAUGCGAAGCUCCAGAACCUCGAGAUCCGGGGCAUUCCUGUCACAGCCGGAGAAGAUGUCUACAUGGUGCUGAGGGAGGUUGCUCGGGCUCUCAAGGUGAGGUAUGAACAACGAGACAUCUCCAUCGCACAUCGUCUGCCACAGCCGAGAAACAAGAAGUUCCCGCCAACCAUCAUCGUUCAAUUCGUCAAUAGAACUACGAAAGCUGAGUGGCUGGCUGCUGUGAAGACAAAUAGGUUACAGACGACCGACGUGUUGGCAACAUUCGCCCCGGCGCCUGUGUUCAUCAACGAACAUCUCACCAAACACAACAGGGAGCUUCUGAGACAGGCAAAGAGUCUGGUGCGAAGUGGAAGUCUUGCCUACGCCUGGGUUAAGGAGGGAAAGGUGUUUUGUGAGGAAGACUCAAGACUCCUACGCCAUCAGGAUCUUCUGGUCGCUGGAUGA